UACAAACUUUGGUAUGUUAAUGAUAUUUUGCCUGCACUAUAAAUUUUACCUCUCAACAUUUGAUUUAAGCUGAACAGGUGGUUAAUGCUGGAAUUCUCACAGCACCAAGAAAGAGUUUUUUUGGGGGGAUGUCAGCCUACCUUUGGUUUGAGGGAAUACCUUUCUAUGCUAUAGUGCAUAAAAGAGCAAUUAUUGAAGAAAGCCGUGAUAAGUUUGUGAUCAGAGAUGAAGACACAGUCAUAGUGAGUUAUCCUAAGUCAGGAACUAACUGGCUGAUUGAGACUGUCUGCUUGAUUCAUACCAAGGGAAAUCCCAAAUGGAUCCAAUCUGUGCCUAUCUGGGAACGCUCGCUCUGGAUAGAGUAUCCAAAUACACAUCUAACAUUAAUCAAUAAGGAAGGACCACGCCUCAUGACCUCCAACCUUCCUUUUCAUCUUUUCCCCAAGUCUUUCUUCAGAUCCAAGGCCAAGGUGAUCUAUAUCAUCAGAAAUCCCAGAGAUGUUCUUGUGUCUGGUUAUUUUUUCCGUCGUAACACAAACCUUAUUGAUAAUCCAGAGUCACUAGGAACUUACUUUGAAUGGUUCCUCAAAGGAAAUGUGCCAUAUGGAUCAUGGUUUGAGCACACCCGUAACUGGCUGUCUAUGAGAGAAAAGGACAACUUCCUGUUACUGAGCUAUGAAGACAUGAAAAAGAAUACAAGGGGAACCAUAGAGAAGAUCUGUGACUUCCUAGGAAAGAAAUUGGAGCCAGAUGAGCUAGAUCUGGUCCUCAAGUACAGCUCGUUCCAAGCCAUGAAAGAAAACAAAAUGUCUAAUUUUAGUCUUGUCCCAGAAGAUGUGGUUACUAAUGGUUUGGUCCUCAUGAGAAGAGGUGAAGAAACUCUUUAGUUUCAAAAUAUGUCAGAAUCUGUGGCAUAACUGGGGACUGGAAGAAUCACUUUACAGUAGCCCAAGCUGAAGCCUUUGAUAAAGUAUUCCAGGAGAGAAUGGCUGGUUUCCCUCCAGGGCUGUUUCCAUGGAAAUAAAUCCUUAAAACUUCAUAAUCUUA